AUGUGUAGAAAAAAAGAAAAACCGAGACAGUUUUUUUUAUUUAACGAUAUUUUAGUUUAUGGAAACAUUGUUAUUAGUAAAAAAAAAUAUAACAAACAACAUAUAAUACCAUUAGAAGAAGUUAAAUUGGAAUCUCUCGACGAUAACGACCAACAUCGUAAUGGUUGGGUCAUACAAACGGCAACGAAAUCAUUUGCUGUUUAUGCAGCUACAUCAGUUGAAAAAGAAGAAUGGGUCGCUCAUAUAAAUAAAUGCGUUGGGGAUUUGUUAAGAAAAAGUGGUAAAAAAGCGAGCGAAACUCAUGCGGCUGUUUGGAUACCGGAUACGGAAGCAGACGUUUGCAUGCAUUGUAAAAAAACUCAAUUUACGUUGCUGACACGACGACAUCACUGUCGAAAAUGCGGAUCCGUCGUUUGCGGUCCUUGUUCCAAUAAAAGGUUUUUACUACCCAAUCAGUCUUCUAAACCUCUCAGAGUGUGCCUCAAUUGCUACGAUAAUCUAUCAAAAGCUAAAACCAAUCACAAUAAUUCUGGUGAUUGUUAUAACAAAGAUGGAAAAUUACGUAGUAAAUUUGGUGAUUCGUCUGGAGAAGAUGAUAGCGACGAAGAUGAUGAAAGUAAUAAAUCCGCUGAUAAUUCUCACGACCAAGUAAGUUUAGAAAGUGUUAGAGUGUUGAAUAAAAAAUUAUCGUUAGUUACAUACAUUUAA